UUCCUACUUCAGAUGAAAUAAAUAUGACACCAGAGUCAUCUCCCGAAUUGGCCAAGAGGUCAUGGUUUGGUGGUCUUAUGGGAAUGGAGCAAGAACAUCACUUUGUCAUGGUCAGAGAAAAGAGUUUCUCUCAAGUCAAAGCUGACCUUGUCCAUGCAUUCCUCUCA